AUGUCAUCUAUUCGAGAGCUCUUCGGCGGCGCGAUCCAGUGCACCCUCCCAACCCGACUGGUCGACGUUUCGAAACUUCGCCAGGUGCCCGAUAGCCAAGAAGUCUUCGUCUACCCUGACUCGGACGCAAGCUUCAUCAUCGAAGUUCUCGAACAUGCACCCCCCACCGAUGUUACCGAAGCAAUAAAAUAUCAUUUCACAGACAUCGCUCAGGCAAACGGAGAUGAUAAGCCUCGAGUCCUUGAUACCCGACUUAUCGUCAAUGAUAGGAUGGACGAUACGCCGUCCCCGGUCGUUCUCCGAGGAAAGCAGUCUGCUGUCAAAUUUAACCAACCUCAGCCCACCGAAGUCACCAUCUUCAUGGGUCUCUUCCGUGUCCAGGGAAAAAACGUGGACCUGCUUGUCACCGCCAAUGUACCAGAGGGUGAUAUUGAGCCAGACUUUGACAUCAUGAUACGAUCUUUGCGCAUUAUGGACUAUGGUCUUUUUGCGUGA